CACGUCCCUUUCUCACACAAUUGGAGGUCUUACGCCCGCCCCUGUCUUGUCUUACGCCCGCCCCUGUCUCUCAGAACGUAGGAAGAGAAUCGUUUGACGUGGCAAACGGUACGGACGCAGUCACACAUAUCAUCCUUCGUCUCUCCAUCAUUACCUAACCUUCCAGGAAAGGACCUAGAAUCUCCGAUUCUUUCAGGCCCCAGUCCGUAAAGAAGGGAGAUGAUCUGGCUGCUUGUCUUCUCCAGUUUCCUCCAUUGCGCGUCGACCUACGAGAUCGACGUGAAGAAACUGGAUGGUCUGGCGAAGGCGAAGGUGGAGUCCUGCGGAGGAUGACAGCUGAACCGGCUGAGAGAGGUCAAGGCCUUUGUGACCCAGGAUAUUCCUCUUUACCAUAACCUGGUGAUGAAGCACAUUCCUGGAGCCGACCCUGAGCUCGUCCUCCUCAACCACUACUACGAAGAGCUGGACCGCAUCGCCCUGUCGGACAUGAGCCGCGCGGAGAUCAACGAUCUGCUGGUCCAGCUCGGCUUCUACAUGAAGAGCGAGGCCGAGGAGGAGGUCCCAGAGGAGUUCCGCCUCCUCCCCGCCAAGGACAGCCCCUUCAAGGACCCCCCCGGGACCCCCCAGCCCAGCGGGGAGGCUCCCACAGAGCCCCCCCCGCCCAGCGAGGAGGCCGCCCCCGGGUCCCCGUCCCAAGCCCAGCGGUCUGAGCUGUAACUCAGUCACGCGGAUCUCUUCAGAACAUGAAGGCCCCUCAUUAGGUAGUAACGUCUGGUCAAUUAAGUAUCUUUAAAACUUUUUUACACAAGCACAGUAACACAAUAAGCAACGAGCCCCACCUUAACCACUUGACUCAAAACUGAUGCUAAAAAAGAUGCUAAGGCGUAGAACAGUCGAUAAUCUGACCUGCUGACUCUCUUGAGUGUCUGUUGACUUCCUGUCUGCUGUGAAACUGAAUGAAGUCCCAGGCUGUAAGUCGUCUGAUUGGCCUGGGACUGAUGAUGCAUGAUUCUACAGGGGGCGGGAAUACACACAUACAAGACGAGUGGAGUGGAGAUUAAUGAUUGAUGUUGUACAAUAAAAACAAAACAAAAACUGA